UGUUUGGUAGUUGCGUUUUGAGUCGUUGGAUAAUAGCGGCAUAAAUGAGACAUACGCGGCACGCCGAGACACAGAGACAAAUAAAAGAAGCAGUGGUUCGAUUAUUUCCCUUUUAUCUAUUGGGUUCUCUCAGCCCCUUUCUUAGCGCUCACAAACUCAACACCAUGAUGUGGGAAUGGGGCGAUUACGAAGACGCCAUCCCAGAAUCCGACCAACCCGAACCCGAUUCUCAUCUCAACUUCGAUUUCUUCUCCACCCUCGCCAAACCCAAGGAUUAUUAUAAGAUACUGGAAGUGGAUUAUGAUGCUACGGAUGAUGAUAUUCGCUCCAAUUACAUUCGUCUUGCUCUGAAGUGGCACCCUGACAAGCAGAAAGACCAGGAUUGUACUACCUCGCGAUUCCAAGACAUAAACGAGGCCUACCAGGUUUUGAGUGAUCCAGUCAAAAGGAGGGAAUAUGACAUAAACGGAAUGCGUUAUGAAUAUGAUUACAAUAUCAUUGAUUAUCUUAAUCGUUACAAGGGCCUUAUCUUGACUUGCAAUGGCCUUGGCAUAAAGCAUUCGAUAUGGUAAACAAAAACAUGACAGAUAUAGCCUUUCAGUGCAUCUAGGACAGUUUUUUAGAAGUACCUGGCACUGCAUGCCAUGUUUAGUGUUGAAGAUAUCUGAUUAUGAUGUCCUGGAGAGAGUUUCAUGCUUUUUUGUAUAAAAGAAAUGGACAAAAUGGAACUUCUACCUGUUGUAAUUAUGCUCUCGCUU